GUGUAAAAUAAUUAAAAUGUUCAUAAAAUUUGAGAGACAUUCAGAUCGUGUUAAAAGUGUUUCCUUUCAUCCUCAUCGUCCCUGGGUCUUGAGUGCACUUCACUCUGGAAUCAUAGAAUUGAUCGAUUAUCGAAUUAAGAAAAGAAUAGCCAUAUACGAUGAACACAAGGGCGCUGUUCGAUCAGUCUAAUUUCAUCCCUAACUCAACCUAUUCUGUUCGGGAGGAGAUGAUUUUACAGUCCGAGUUUGGAAUUUUAAAUAAUGCCAAUUCAUAUUGAAAGGACACUUGGAUUAUGUGAGAUGUGUGACAUUCCAUCCAAUAAAUCCUUGGGUGUUAUCAGGUUCCGAUGAUCAAACAGCCAGAGUGUGGAAUUAUUAAAGCAGAUAAACUAUAGCAAUUUUAACAGGACACACGCAUUAUAUCAUGGCUUGUCAUUUCCAUCCGACUUAAGAUUUUAUUAUCACAUGUUCAUUAGAUUAAACUGCUCGACUAUGGAAUUACGGAGUCCUUAAAUAGCGAUAUGCCCAAAAAAAGAAUUAAGAAUACGUGCUAUCAGGGGCUGAAGUGUAAUUAGUUUCAAUUUUGGAUGCUCACAAAGAUCAACUUAAUUGGUGUGCCUUUCAUUAAGCAGAACCUUUUAUUAUCACUAGUGCCGACGACAAAAACAUCAAAUUAUGGAAGUACAACGACACUAAGGCUUGGGAAUAUGACACUUUAUCAGGUCAUACGAACAAUGUUUGUUGUUCAGAAUUUCACCCAAAAGGAGAAGUCAUCAUAUCAGAUUCUGAAGAUCACACUGUGAGAAUUUGGGACUUUGCUACUCGUAAACAAAUUGCAGUCUAUGAGAACAAACACUUCGAUCGCUAUUGGAUAGUAUCAUGUCAUCAAAACAAUUAUUACUUUGCAUGUGGCUCAGACACAAUGUUGUAAGUGUUUACUCUACAUAAAGAUCGAGUGCCUCUUACUCUCGUUAAUGAUAGAUAUCUCUGUAUAGCUGAAUAAAAAACUCUGAAGGUAGUCGAGUUGAUCAGUGGACAACAGUAAGUCAUAAGAGACAUUGCCACUGUCAUUACUCCUACUCCUACUCUCUUGGAGGACAAUAUUGAAUUUAUUGAAUACAACACAUACGACACUCAGAAAACAUAAUUAAUGAUAAGGUGCAUCAGAUCAUUCAAGGAACCUUCGAAACCUAAAAGACAUUUGCUUUUGGUAUUUUAACAAUAGAAGGGAGACUCAGGAGUCAAAUAAUUCUUUGCCAAUUGUGCAUGCUUUAUCGGAAAGAAUAAAAUUGCUAGAAUCAAUCAAGAUUAAUAAAUUGAAUCAUACAAUUAUGAAACAGAUGCUGUCCAAUUAAUUGAUGAUAAACCUUCAUCUAAAGUAUUCCACGCUCCCGGUGGCAAAAUAUUAAUUCAAAGAAAUGGAACUACGCCUCAACUAGACCUAUUUGAUCCCAUGACCAAAUAAGUAUUACAUUCGGUUGAUUACUCAAAUGCUAAGUAUGUGUAAUACGUCGAAUCCUACCUGAUUGUUUCAACCAAAUUGUCUCUUACUAUCUUUUCAAAACAGUUGCAAAAACUAAUUGAAAUUAAAGAAUAAAUUAACAUCAAAUCCUUCAUUUGGUUCAACAAUAUCAUAAUCUAUACGACCAAAAGCCAAAUUAAGUAUUUGUUAUUAAAUGGAGACACUGGAGUUCUAAAAUCAACUGAAAAUAUCCUAUACUUGGCCAAAGGUGAAGAAUAAUAGCAAAACAAACUCAAGUUGACUGCAUUUGAUAACACUGCCAAAUAUAUUUCAGAAAUUCUUGACAUUUCAGAACCUUUGUUUAAAAUAGCAAUUAUGAACAAGGAUUUGAAUUCCAUACACAAGUUCAUUCAGAAUAAUCAAAAUGAAGCCAUCCUGUCCUACUUAUAUUAAAAAAAACUAGCUUCUAUGGCCUUAAAAUUAGUUAAAGAUAAACAUGGUAAUUGAUUUAUAUUAAUUUCUAGCUAAAUUUUCACUCUCCCUUGAUUGUGGCAAUUUGGAAUAUGCAUACAAAGCUGCAGUAGAGAUUAAAGAUCCAUAAUCCUUUGAAUAACUAAGGACUGAAGCUUUAAGGCAAGGUAAUCAUUUGUUAGUGGAUGUGUGCGAUCAAUAACUAAGUUAAUUUGAUAGAUUGUCAUUUUUAUAUUUAUGCACUGGCAACAUAGAAAAGCAAGAGAAAUUACAAAACUUAAGUCCCAAUUUUGUCUAUCAAUCCUAAUUAUAGAGGAAAGUUGCAAUUAAGAAAACCCUGCCAAAAUUAUCACAAAUUAUGGAUCAUAUAAAUGGAACUCCCCAAAAUUUAGAUGAUAAUUAAAAAGAAACAAUAGAAUGGAUUGAAUCCUUAGGAGGUAGCUAAGCUUUGGUUCCUCCCCUUCCCAUCAUGAAAUACAAGAGUGAUCCAUGGCCACUUGUUCAAUUGAAUGAAUAAGACAUUAUCAAUCUUGAAGUGACAGAUGAAACUGUUGUACCACAAGACAUCUUCACAUUAUAAAAAUAAGCGAUAGAAGAACCUUAACUUGAUGAGUAAGUUAACGAUGGAUAAUGGGGUUUAGAUGAGGAGCCAGAAGAAAUUAUUAUGGAAUCUAAAGCUAAAGAUCCUAUUAAUAAGAACAUUGAUGAGGAAGCAUUAAGGGGAAGAUUUGUCAAUUAAAAAGGAGAUGUGGCCAUUAAAUACUUUGCUGCUGGAGAUUACGAAACUGGUAUCAAAUUACUUAACCAAUAAAUCAACCUUAAUAACCAUUAACAAUUUUUUAAAUUGCUUGUCGAUUUACCUAAUUUUUAGCUUAUAAGUUCAACACCCUAUCUCAGUUUAGCAACUUUGCCAGUGAAAAUCAAUAGAUUGAAUGAAAUCAAGAAUUUGAUUAAAUUGGGUAUCUUUUUUCAUCUACAAUUCUAGGUUACAAGUACACAACAGAUGCCAAAUUUAAUGAAGUAAGCAAUUGCUUCUAAUAAGUGUUAUAAAAAAUCUUAUUGACAGAUUUUGAAGAGAAUCAAAUCGAAGACAUAAAACGAUACAUUAGCAUCAGUAGAAACUAUCUCUUAGCUAUGAGAUGUGAUUCGCUUAAAAAGGAGAGUAAUGCCUUAGAAAUGGCUUGCAAAAUGGCAACAGUUGAUCUAUAGCCUGGUCACAGAAUAUUGACACUAAGACAAGCUUUAAGCAUCAGUUACAAAUAGAAGAAUUUUAUUACUUGUUAAUAAAUAGCGAAGAAAUUGAUUGAGUUACUGAGAAAUGACAACACUCAGAAGCCUGAGGUGUUACAAAAUGCAUAGAAGGUAUCACAAUUGAAUCUAUGGUAUUUAGUAUGAAAAAGCAUCUCAACAAUAAAAUUCAAAUGCGGUUUAGAUAGAGUUUUAAGAAUAAUGGUUGAAUCAAUAACCAAUGUACUCAGCAAACACACUUAAAAACAUUUCAGCAUUCAAAUCUUGUCCAUAUGAUGGAAGUGUUUAUGAAACUGAUUACGAACAGACUUGUUUGAUUUGUGGGUUAUGUCAAGUUGGUAAAGCACCUGGACUUAAGUAUUAAUGAAAAAAAUAUAUUUUAUUUGAGG